CCAUGUGAUUUACAUUUUUCAAGAUGGCGACGUUUAUAGCAGUUCCGCUAAAACAAACAUACGAAGUUGAUAUUGUUAAACCAUUUAGAAGCUUUAUACAAAACACUUUUAGUUCUGCAAAUCCGGAUGAUUAUAACACAGCCAUAAGUGAAUUUAGUAAACUCAGAAAUCUGACAAUCACGAAGUCAGUGGACAAACAUGAAUCAGCGUUGGAAGUUUUGUACAGGUAUUACGAUCAGUUAACAGCUAUUGAGAACAAGCUUCCAAUAUCAGAAAAUCAGAUUAGGGUCCAAUUCAAGUGGAGAGAUGCAUUUGACAAAGGAUCCUUCUUUGUUGGGAAGAAUACAUUGUCGCUGGCAUCUGGUGCCUAUGAGAAGAUAUGUCUGCUGUACAACAUUGCAGCAUUGAUGACGCAGAUUGCGGAAGUACAUAAUCAUGAGAGUGACGAAGGACUCAAGACAUCAGCAAAAUAUUUUCAGCAAGCGGCGGGUAUCUACGGGCACCUGAAGGACUCGUCACUGUCGAUCUGCAGCCAGGACCCAACACCCGACCUCGCCCCUGACACCCUGAAUGCCCUCUCCUCCCUGAUGGUGGCCCAAGGGCAGGAGGCCGUCUACAGGAAGGCUGCAACCAGCAUGAAGGAGGUGAUGGUUGUGAAGAUUGCCUACCAAUGUUCCGACAUGUACGCUGAUGCCAUGAAGCUGAUGCAGCUUCCAUCCCUCAAGGAUCUCUGGCCUAGGGAAUGGUUGCCCAUGGUUGCUAUGAAGCAGGCUGCGUUCCACGCCAUGGCAGAGUUCUACCAGUCUGUGGCUGCCCAGAAGAGCAAGAGCUAUGGUGAACAAAUAUCCAGACUGAAGCAUGCCAAAGAGCUUAUGGCCGCAGCGGCCACGAGGGGUGGUCUGUCGUUCAACUUCAAGAACGAGCAGGCCAGGAUACAGAGGGAACUCGAGGCUGCCCAGAAAGACAACGACUUCAUCUACCACGACAUCAUUCCCGAUGUGAAGUCUCUCCCCAUCCUCGGGAAAACUGCCGUGGCCAAGCCUCUGCCUUUGCCUGAAAGGUUUUCCACAAGUUUUGUAGAUCUGUUUGAGAAAAUAGUUCCGAUUCCAGUGUACGAUGCAAUGAACGUGUUUGAAGGCAGGAAGUCUACAAUCACCAACAUGGAGAUUGGCCGCCUUCGGGAGCAGACUACACUGCUCAACAGUGUAUUAGCCUCCCUGAACCUGCCUGCUGCCCUUGAGGAUGUGGGAGGGGACAAGGUGCCUCAGUCUGUGCUGGACAAGGCCCAGCAGGUGAGGGACAUGGGAGGCGUGGCUUACCUAGAGGGACUCAUGAGGGAGCUCCCGGAGCUGCUCACUCGCAACAGGGAGAUACUGGAUGAGAGUGUUCGAAUGCUAGAUGAGGAGGAGAAAUCUGACACACAGUUGAAGGAACAGUUCAAGGAACGUUGGACCCGCACCGCCUCGGGUCACCUCACCAAGCCAAUGAGAGAUGAGAGCGGCAAAUACAAGGGAAUCCUUGAUACGGCCAUCAACGCUGAUAAGAUUGUCCAGGACAAAUAUAGGAACCAUAAAAAUGCAAUUGCUCUGCUGUCUAAACCCACGCAUGAGAUAGAGAGGUCCUUGCCAAGCGGUGGGGGAGGAGGGUUGGCGGGCAACCCACAUGUGAAGGAACUCAAGAAGAUGAUGGAAGAGGUCGAGGCCAUAAAGGCAGAGAGAGAGGUCAUAGAGACCGAACUGAAGGAGUCCAAGUUUGAUAUGGCUGGCAAGUUCAUGGCAGCCCUUGCUGCGGAUGGUCUAGUCAAUGAGGAAGCCCUCUCCCAGAAAGAGCUGGACGCUGUGUUUGGGCCGCUGAGACAGCAGUGUGUGGACAGCUGUCAGAGACAGGGCAUGCUGCUGGCCAAGAUACAGAACACAAACACUGUGUUUGUGCAGUCCAAAUCAGGGAACCAGGCCGGGGUCCAGAGAGAGGCCAUGUUGAAAGAUCUGGCAGCGGGCUUCGAUGGCUUCAUGGAGCUCAAGGGAAAUCUAGAGGAGGGAACUAAGUUUUACAACGACCUAACGCCCCUGCUGCUGAAGUUGCAGUCAAAGAUUUCCGACUUCUGUUUUGCUCGUAAGACAGAAAAGGAGGAGUUAAUGGCCGACCUGCAGAAGACCAUCGCCAGGCAACCAAGCGGCCCUCCCCCCUCCACGCCAUCCUACCAGCAGCCACAGUCUACAAAACAGGAUCCACCUCCUAGACCCCCUCCCCCAAGUUUUUCAUCUGCCCCUUCACAGGGACCACCCCCUCCAACGUCUGUACCAUCUUAUCCAGGUGCACCUCCCAUGCCACAACAGCCAUUAUCACAGAACUAUGGACAGGGUUCAGCAAAUCCAAUAACUAGUUCUACAAACUCAGGCGGAGCCCAGCAGUGGAGCCAGCCACAGAACUACAACUAUAGCCAGACCAUGCCUGCCAUGCCAUCUGGCUACAGCUCCUAUAACCCCUACAUGGGUGGCUACCCCAUGCCACAAGGAGGCUAUCCACCUCCUCAAGGCAGCUACCCACCCCAGCAGGGAGGACCUCAGCCCCCCUACCCUACCCAGGGUCCCCCGCCCCAGGGCUACCCUUACCCCCAGCAGCAGUACCCAUACCCUACAGCCCCUGGGUACCCUCCUCAACAGCCCCAGCCACAGUGGAGGUAGAUACAACCUCGACCAGUUCCCAGUGAACACGUCAACCAGUGUGGGGAACACUGACACUGUGAUAUGUACCGUUCAAAAGACUUUAAAUAGGUUCAAAAUUGUUGGAUUUUUCUCACUGUUGUUCGAUUACACAUGAACCCAGUUGAUU